UCUCUCGGUGAGUUGCAGGCAAUGCGACGAACAGAUUUAGUAUUUCGAUAUGAGGGCUCACACAAACAGUCAGAUUAACUAUGUUCACAAAACUUGGCACUGGACUUGGAGUUAAGUGUUGAACGUGGGCGAAGAGACCGCAGGGACAAACGGGAAAUUCAACUGUCAGCUGGCCGGGAAAGCCGAUCACACCACCCGGCUUCCGGGGAUUCAGGGGCCGCAUCGGUUGACGGCAGACGUCGGUCGGUAGCUCGGGGGAAAAGGGCGAGCAACCACAUCAUCGCCGACAUCCACCUCUCGAUUUCAGCCACUUUUCGAGAUGUCAAGAAAGCUACAGAGGACAGAAGUCUGCGCCGACUGCAGUGCGCCAGACCCGGGCUGGACCAGUAUUAACCGAGGGGUCCUGAUCUGCGAUGAAUGCUGUUCGGUCCACCGCAGCUUAGGGCGCCACAUCUCCAUAGUCAAACACCUGAGGCACAGCGGAUGGCCUCCCGCACUUCUGCAGAUGGUUCAGACCUUGGCCAGCAACGGGGCCAACUCCAUAUGGGAACACAGUCUCCUGGACCCUGCUCAGGUGCAGAGCGGUCGUAGGAAACCCAACCCCCAGGACAAAGUCCAUCCCACUAAGUCAGAGUUUAUUAGAGCCAAAUACCAGAUGCUGGCCUUUGUGCACAAGCUGCCCUGCCGCGAUGAUGAUGGCGUCACUACCAAGGACCUCAGUAAGCAACUUCACUCUAGUGUGCGGACGGGAAGUUUAGAGACGUGUCUUCGGCUCCUGUCCCUCGGCGCUCAGGCCAACUUCUUCCACCCGGAAAAAGGCACUACACCGCUCCAUGUGGCAGCCAAGGCAGGCCAGAUCUUGCAGGCUGAGCUGCUAGUGGUGUACGGUGCAGACCCCGGAGCACCUGACGUUAACGGACGUACGCCUAUGGACUAUGCAAGGCAGGCGGGCCAUAUAGAGUUAGCAGAGCGGCUUGUGGAGUGUCAGUAUGAGCUGACGGACAGGCUAGCCUUUUACCUGUGUGGACGGCGUCCAGAUCACAAGAAUGGCCAUUAUAUCAUUCCUCAAAUGGCAGACAGAGCUCGUCCUAAGUGCCCGACACAGAGUCUGGACCUCUCAGAACUGGCCAAGGCUGCCAAGAAGAAGCUCCAAGCGCUCAAUAAUCGGCUGUUUGAGGAGCUAGCGAUGGAUGUUUAUGAUGAGGUGGAUCGCAGAGAAAACGAUGCAGUGUGGCUUACGACCCAGAACCACAGCACUCUGGUAACAGAACGCAGCGCAGUGCCCUUCCUACCAGUCAAUCCUGAAUACUCUGCCACACGCAACCAGGGCCGUCAGAAGCUGGCCCGUUUCAACGCUCGGGAGUUUGCCACGCUCAUCAUCGACAUCCUGAGUGACGCCAAAAGGAGACAGCAGGGAAAAGGUCUCAGCAGCCCCACUGACCCACUGGACCUCGGCAUUGAUGAUGACCAGCAUGACUAUGACAGUGUAGCAUCUGAUGAAGACACAGACAGCGAGCUGACCACUCAGAACAACAACAACACACAACGCAGCAACCGUGCGAAGAGUAUGGACUCGUCGGACUUGUCAGAUGGUCCCAUCACCCUGCAGGAGUACCUGGAGGUGAAGAAGGCACUGGCGUCCUCAGAAGCCAAGGUGCAGCAGCUCAUGAAGGUCAACAACAACCUGAGCGAGGAGCUCCGGCGGCUCCAGAAGGAGAUCACACGGAUGCAGACAGAGAACAGUGCUCUGCGGGGGGGCCAGCAGGCUGGGGGGGCAGCUGGCCAUGGGGUGGGGGGGCCUGGUGGAGGAGGAGGUGGAGGAGGCCACUGGCAAGGGGGUGUGAUGCGAGGAGGAAUAGGCGGAGGGGGUCUGGGUGGGUUUGGGCCAGGAGUGGACCCGCCGGGGCUCUCUGUGCCCUCCUCAGUCGCCCCCAACUCCUAUUCCCACCGGAGGGACCGCCAGGCCUUCUCAAUGUACGAGCCAGGGGCAGCCCCCGGCCCCACGGCCCAUGGUCCCCCAGCCCUGGACUCCCUGGCACGCCUGCAGCCCCUCAACACACCCAGCGUAAGGAAGGGUAGUACAGGGGGUCCAGCGCCGUAUGGAGGCCAGCAUCUGUCUGGAUCUACAGAGAUGGGCAGAUACAUGGUCUCUAAACCAGAGAAGCACGGCAGUGGAACAGACAGUGACUAUGACAACACACAAACGUACGACCUCUCGCUAAGUAUGGGCCGCAGUAGUGAAGAGGAAGGUCGUGGGGAGUCUGAGGAGGGAGGUGGGGAGGCGGGGGAGCCUGAUCCCACCCUUCCCUGCACAGAGGAUGUCAUACUGAAGACUGAGCAGGUGACCAAGAACAUCCAGGAGCUGCUCAGGGCUGCUCAGGAGUUCAAACAUGACAGCUUUGUUCCGUGCUCUGAGAAGAUCCACUCUGCUGUCACUGAGAUGGCCUCACUCUUUCCUAAACGCCCAGCGUUGGAUGCAGUCCACUGCUCCCUCCGCCUGUUGGCUUCCAGUGCCUCACGGUUGCAGGUGGAGUGCCGUAAGGCAGCGCCCUCGGAGCCCGGGGCCCCCGCCGUGGACUACCAACUCCUCACUCAGCAGGUCAUCCAGUGCGCCUACGACAUCGCCAAGGCUGCCAAGCAACUGGUCACCAUCACCACUCGUGAGAAGAAACAGUGACCCAACAAAUGCAUGGAUGGACGGAGAGGGAAGAGGGAGAGAGAACAGAUCAAUGCACAGGUGGGCUAAGAGGUAUGGGAGGGGCCUCUAGGAGAGGAAGAAGGAAGGAUGAUAUGACGACACUAAAUAUGGGAGAACUGGGGAGGGGGGAGUGACCGAGAGAAUGAUGGGCACGAUGAGGAAAUGAAAACUAGAGAGAAGUUUGGAAAAUGCAUGGAAAGGAAUCUGACGAAAGCACUGAUGGUUUAGUAGAAACACUACAGAGAACAGAAAAAGGAGAAAUUCCACAGGUGUGGAAGUGAAAGUAGGGGAGGACGAGUGGGAGGAUCCAACGUGGGAACUACAGCCUGGAGCAACCUCAAUGAACAGUUGGAAUCAGAUGUGUAUAAUAAACCGUUAAACUGUGAUAAGCAUAUGUGAAAUACAAUGGCGGCAAUGUACAGUGAACUGGAUCCUGAGAGGUUACUGCUUUAUUUAUUCUCACCUGUCACUCGUCAUCCCUCCCUCUCACUGUUUACCCUAAUCGGAGAGGGAGGAGGUGUAUGCUGCAAAAGAGGGAAGUAGAUAGACCAACCACGACAUACUCCAUCUCCGUCCCUCCAUCCUGUGAGGAGUCAGGACGCUCCUCCUCUCCUCUCCUCUCCUCUCCUCUCCUCUCAUCUCCGGCCUGCUCCUUUGCCCCCUUCUCUCCCUCUCUCUCUCUCUCUCUCUCUCUCUCUCCAACCAGACACAGGGCCUCUCUGUCUUUUAUCCCGUCCCGUACAGGAUGAGCUCCUGGUGCAGCGAAGGACCCCCUGGGAUCCAUCUAACGCCACCCCACUUCACACCCCACCCGGGCUCUGAGACGCUUCCUCCUGGGUUAGCUUUUUGCAGGGGGCUCCGGCUUUUCUGCAACAUGUCAUCGCCCCCUGUUGUUGGUGGUACACAGCAUGAUCUGGCAUGUUUUAAUUUCUUUUCUCUCUCUUCUUUGUGUUUUUUUUUUUUUUUGGAAUAUGCAGAUUGGUUUGGUCUGCGCCUCUGAGGACAAACAUUACUGACUUACAAGAACAAAACACUUACACUGGAAUAAUUGUGAUUUAUUGUUAUUGUUUAUCAUGCCUAUUGUUUUUUUUUGUAUUGAUAUUUUUACUGACUGUCAUCUUGAUUUAACUGUUUAUGUAUGUUUAUUUCAUUGUCUCAAAUAUGAUUCUCAUUUAGUGGAAUAGGGAGACAGAUGGGAGUAUUGUGCUCAACCUCUUACUGGGAUUUAAGAAAACAUGCACACACAUACACAUAUAAAAAAAAACAAAAAAACCUGUGAAAUGGUCGUCAACAUUUGUCACGCUCCUUUUCUGGGUGACAGUCGAGGUGUUUUUCUAUUAUGUUGGAAAAUGUCCUGGGGCCAAGGGGCUGAACAGUUGCCAAAGGGGAGUGGGUGUUGGGGUGGGGUAGAUUUGUCUUUGGUUUUGAUUUUCUGUCAGACUGAAAGCCCCUUGGUGCGUUAUGACAGGACCUGGAUCAAAAUGCUCUCUUCAUGUAUCCUCAGCUGUCAUUAUGCGUUUGACUUAUCUUACAGUUUGUCUCAUUUAAUAGAACCAGUGGAAUCAUCUCAGAAUCAAUCCCAUAUUCAUUUUUUUGCUGUGCCAAGCAGGAUAAUAAAAUCAAGCGCACCAUUUGGUCCCAGCUUGUGAAUGAGGAUUAAACCCCUGCCCCUGGUCUUGCUUUAAAGCAGUAUGUUAUGGACAUGGCUGGUGUGCCCCUGGGUGCUUGUAUGACACAGCAUCCAUCAUUUACAUGCAUGUUAACAAAUGUUGAGUCAAAUUGUGUUGAUACGACAUACUGGUAUGCGGGCAGUUAAGCUUUAAGUAGACCUGUGGAAAGCACCAGAUCUAGUAACCUGGAGCGUGCAUAUGGUGAGAGAUACUCAUCAUAUCAUUUAUUUGAAAAUGAAACUUUAUUGGUUUGUCAUUGAUUCAUCCACUUCAAGUGUGCUUGAUUUUCUUUGCCAUGUAUCAUUUUCACAUUUCAGACUGUGUGGCAAAGCACAAUCAAGCCCACGUUCUGUUUUCUGAUUGAUUCUCUGUCACGGCCUGCUGAUCUGGGCCACAGAAGUUUUCACUUCUAGCUCACUGUCUCUGAACUCUGCUAAUGAGAGACAGCAUUGGGAACAAAGAUUUUUUUUUUUUUUUUUAAUGUAGCGCACUUAGCCUACUGUAGGUUUAAGUCUUGUACUGUGCCGUACAAAUAUGGUCAUAUCUGUAACUAAGGAUUCAGAUGGGAUCUAUAAAGUCUCUGCUAGCUGCCAGGAGGACCGUCCUCUUCUAGUUUAGAUUGACCUCUAACCUUUCUCUAAUGAUUCUGCAGCUCGUUUCUCAAAGUGUUUGUGGCUUUAAUAGUUGGUUCUUCUUGCUUCGGCCUGUUCUGUAAUCUUCCUCAUUGCUCGUGGCCUCUGCACAUUCAGUUUACUCGCCUGAAACAACAGCAUCCUUCAAACAGCAAUUACAGUUCAUCUCAUUUUUUUUCCUUGUAUUGCUGCCUUUCAGCAAGAAGCAAUUAGACCUUAAUUUGCCCCAAACACUUUGAGAGACUGAUGCCAGACCACCUUCAGCACUUCACUGUCCACUUUAUUCAUGUUUAGUUUUUCACUACCCCCCACCCCCCCACCCCCUCCCCGAUCAUCACUCGGGGUGUCUGACUGUCAGUGUUCCUCAGUCUCUCAUUCAGUUGCACACAUGUCUCUGUAGGAUGAGGUUGGGGUGUUUUCUCUGUUCCCUGUCAAAACAAAUCAUGUCCACAAGACUCUUGAAAUGUAUCAUUGUUUGAUAUUGAAUGCCUUUGCACAUCAUCAUCAUCUCCUGUUUGACUGGCUGAGUUACAGCGAUGUUGUACUGACUGCUGAAACGACAGAAAUACAAACACACACACACACAGGGGCCAGUAGGAAAGCUCGUCCCUUCAAUCAUGAUCGCCCAGGUUUUUAGACUAGAGCCAUAUAUAUUGAACAUAUAUUUUCAUGCUAUAUUUUAUAUUAAGCUAUAUGUUAGGGUUAUGUUUAUGAGAUAUUUGUCUAUUUGUUUGCCCAAGUGAGCUUCAGGCCAAAUCGUCAUUCAGCUCUUUAGUCUUGCCACCUGAUGUACUUGUAGAUAUUUUAAGUCUUGAGUAUGGUUAUGCUGUGGUAUUACCCCCAUUUAUGUCUUCAUAUUGUACAUAUUAAUGAUCCUAUUAGAAUCCACAGGACGUUUAGCGUGAGAACAACAGUUUGAUCCAGGUGUGGUCUUAGUUGCACUAUUUUCAAACACCAGCUGGAUGAAGUAGGAUCUACAUUAUGUACUGCACUCUUCCAAAGGUCUUAGUUCAGGUACAUAAGGUGCAGGACGCAGGGCUUUGAUGUUGGGAUAGGGGAAUUAGAAAAGGUCUGAAGCGCACUUCGGCUUAGCACUACAGUCAUCUCAAAACGGUGGGAGGAAGGUCUAAAACGCACAUGGCCUAGUCCUUCUCCGAGUUCGUGGACACUGCGUAGGGUGCCUCUCGUGUGAAUGUUAAAUGCUUCGGUCAGUUCAUGUCCGACACGCUCUCUACACCUUCAUCAUGUCCAGAAUUCAGCACAUACUUUUCCAACAUCAAACACACACCCCUCAACACUUAUCAGUCGGACCAAGCCUUCCACAAGUACAAACAUUAUAUUUGCAGCCAGUAAAUUACACACACACAAACACAUGCUUCUGAUACUCAGCCAUUGGCAGUGCACUCUGGCCUGUACUGUUGCUGUCCCUGUGUUUCUUCACAGCUCUACACUUUGGGAGAUGGGUGACGGGAGAGUUAUCUUUUAACAGAAGACGUUAAAAACUGUAUAAAGUAGAGAAAACAAUGACUUAAAAAGGUCAAUCGUAAUGGAAGCUCAUAAGCUGUACAUUUGUAAUAAAAUAAUAAAACAAAUUAAUUGUCCUGGAUCUGUCUGCAGUAAGUUUCUUCUCUCCAACAGGGAAG